AUGAAGGUUUCCAGCACCACCAUUUUGAGCCUUGUCCUCGCAUUGAACGGGGCCAUGGCUUCCCCUCUUCGGGCCCGUGGCUUCAAAGUCGUCACUGUCACUGAGCUCGCAACUGAGUAUGUUCAUGUCACUUCAACCGCCUGGGUUGAUCCUGUGGAGUAUGCUCCAACCGCAGUCUCUACGACCGAGCCUUCUCCAAAAGGGAAGAAUAAGGAUCAUGUUCCCACGAACGCUCCUAGUGUUAGUAUUUUGGAGACGUUGGCUUCGCCAACAGUCUCUUCUUCCAUCUCCAAAUUGUCUGUGAUGCCAUCAAGCACAUUGGCUUACUCUUCCGUUGAGACAACUCAACAGACUACUUUGUCCAUUCCAUCUACUCCAACGACUGUCUCUACCUCAUCGACGUCUUCCGCCACCCCAGUACCAACCACUGAGUCUAUCCCAACCACUACAAGUGAGCUCCCGACCUCUACUCCAAUUCCCCACCCCACCCCGACUUCUAUGCCAACAUCUAUUCAAGAACCACCCACAACUUUGCAAACAUCAACUUUGUCGGCCCCUAUCACCCCAACCCCUCCUCCUAUCAAGAUUGAGUCAUCAACCACUGCUCCAGCUCCAGUUCCGUCUGCUCCGUCUGGGGGAACCCCCAGCAGCGGCGGCAGCACAGGCGGUGGCGAUAUCCAUGUCGGCGAAGGUACUUUCUAUGACACCGGUCUAGGGUCGUGUGGCAUUGUCAGCGCGCCUUCUGAGCACGUUUGUGCCAUUUCCCAUCUCCUGAUGGACUCCAAGAAGACGGGCGAUCCAAACAAGAACCCCUUCUGUGGUUCCACCAUCCUGAUCUCUUAUAACAAUGGUCCCAAGGUCCCUGUGAAGAUUGUCGACCGUUGCCAAGGAUGCGUAGGUUCACCUAUAUUGAAAUGUUAAGUUUUUCAUUGAUGCUGACAACGGUAUAGGCACAUGAUGAUAUUGAUCUCUCUCCUUCUGCCUUCAAGGCUAUGGGAGCCGAGGAAAGUGCCGGCAGGGUCAAAGUCAGUUGGACUUUCGCUUGAUCUAUUAUCAUUUUAGGACUUUUGGGAGCGGGUUGCUUUCCUCCUGGCUAGUGGUUUUAGGAGCUUUAGACAGGUAGCAUUGCGUUUUCUUUUUUCUUGUUUUUGAGGAGUCAAUAAUCUGGAUGGGAGCAUAAAAGAGUCUCUGCCUGGCGCGACAUCAACAAGGCAAAGAAAAGGUGGUGUUUUUUUCUAUGGUUUUUUUGUUUUGAGGAUCUGACCUUCCGAAUCGAAAGGGGACUAUUCAAUCGACUUCUAUGAUUGAUGAUAUAACCCUCUUUGUCUUCCUCACUAUUUUAUUUUUAACUGUUCUUCGCUGGCCAAGGAUUGACUCCUUGAGUCUAUUUUCAAUUAUUUAUUCUUGUACAUUUUUUUUUCCAACUCCCUCUUGAAGGGAACACACCACACGGACUGCAUGCCGUCUGGCCCUGCUGCAUAUAGCCCUCGUUUAUAUAUGCAGUUCACUUUACUCUUCCUGAAAAUAAAUAGAGUCUCGAAUGUCAUUGGUCCGGAGCGCAGUACGCUGUUUAAGUGAACAUGUGCAGUUUUGAAGUUGGGGCCUGGGCCAACUAUUAAUCGGAAUGUGGGUGGAAGAGUGAUCCAGUGGUCUCGUCAAAGGUGGGGGG